AUGGCGUACAAUCGCACCUUCAAUCCCGAUUCCCUGCCUGCUUUCGCAGAGCCAGAAAGAAAAACUGGGAAGGCCGAAAUCCCUCCGCCCUUGAAUUACUCCACUGCGCCCUCUGGACAUACCCAAGCACAGCAAAUGGCUCACCAACCGUAUAACAAACCUCAGCCUCCUCUUCCCACACAAAACAGAAGAUCCUCACAACCUCCGAUUCCAGGAGGACAAAGACUAUCGCCUCAGUUGCCACCACAAGGAAACUACGGUUAUGGCAAUUCCCCGCCACCCUCAUCGCACGGUUACGCUUCUCCUCCGCCAGGGAACCAUGGCUCGCGGCCACCACCAGUCCAGCAAAGACCGCCUCCAAUGUCAAGACCGCCUCCAUCUCCUGCCCCACCAAGUGGUGCCGGAGACCCAGCACUUUGGCCCCUUUUCAAAGCUGUUGACAAAGAUGGUAGCGGACAACUGAGUGAGAAAGAACUUCGGGCGGCACUCGUAAACGGCGACUGGUCAUCCUUCGAUCCUUAUACAGUCAGAAUGAUGAUUCGCAUGUUCGAUAGCGAUCGCUCGGGACUUAUUGGUUUCGAAGAAUUCUGUGGAUUAUGGGGAUUCCUAGCCGCGUGGCGUUCGCUUUUUGAUCGAUUCGAUGCCGACAGAAGUGGAAAUAUCAGCCUCGACGAAUACACAAACGCGUUAGUGGCAUUUGGCUAUAGAUUAAGCCCUCAGUUCGUAGAGACGCUAUUCAGGACAUAUGAUAAACGGGGCGAAGGAGCCAUCAGUUUCGAUCUCUUUGUGCAGAGCUGCAUUAGCCUAAAGAGAAUGACUGAUGUUUUCAAGAAGUAUGAUGAUGAUAGGGACGGAUACAUAACGCUGUCCUUUGAGGACUUUCUAACCGAGAUAAUUCGACAAAAGUAG